AUGGAAGAUUGGAGUAAAUGGCCAUCAACACAGCCAUUAUCAUCACCACUAUCAUUUGAAUUUAAAAAAGCCUCGAAUAUUAAUAACAAUUAUAUUCAAUCAGAUUCUGAAGAUUAUAGCACAUCAGAGUCCGAAUCAAUUUCAUCAACCUCAACAGUCAAAUACCAUUGUUUAUUAUGCAACCAUUUCGAAUAUGAAUCCAGAACUAUCCUCGAACAUUUAUUUAACUCUCACCAAUUUGUUAUUGCUGAUGUAAACCAAAUAGCAAAUCUAUCAAGUUAUUUAGAACAAUGGAAAAAGAAAAUGGUAGGUAAACCAUUAACUGAAUUUACAACUGUAAUACAAACCCAAACAUCAAAAACCGAACCAGUUACAAACUAUUUCCUUCUUUCUGAUAUAUUGCCUGAAGAUCAAGAUUUAAGAAGAAAACUUCAAACUGAACGUAUUAACUAUGUUUUACAAGAACAACAUUCAGAAAGAACCAACCCAAAUUUUAUAUGUGUAUGUCCAAUGUGCCCAAUAGUUUUCAAAGGUGAAAGAUCAAAUGUUACAACACACCUUUAUGAACAACACAAUUUUAAUAUAGGUUUAUCAGAUAAUUUAAUUAACCUUAAAGAAUUUAUGGAAAUUUUAAAAUCCAAAUUUGAUUUAAUGCAAUGUCUCUAUUGUGAUAAAAUAUUCAAAUCUACAGCUGUUCUUAAACUUCAUAUGAAAAAAAAGAAACAUACAAGAUUAAACCCAACCAAUACAACAUAUGAUAGAUUUUAUUUAUUAAAUUAUUUAGAACCAGGUAAAAAUUGGGAAGAUUUAAAAAAAUCAACAGAUAAUGAUGACGAUGAUAAUAACCAAAUUUCAAACAAUUUAGACCUAUUAAAACAAGCCCAAAAAGAAAAUAGUGGUAAUCAUCAAGUCACACAUUGGGAUGAUUGGACUGAAGAUUCAGAUUUAGAACCAGAAGAAUGUGCAGUUUGUUUAUUCUGUGAAAAUCAAUUUGACAACUCUGAUUUAACAUUCGAACACAUGGAAAAUAAACAUAAUUUUAAUUUUGAAAAGCUCAGAAAAUCAUGGAAUUUAGACUACUACGAAUCAAUGAAACUAUUAAACUUUAUUAGAAGACAAACCCAUCAAUUAGUAUGUUGUCAUUGUGGUGAAACUCAUCAAGAUAAACCAUCAUUAUAUAGUCACUUUGAAACCAAUAAAGAUCAUUGCAGUGUUGUAAAAGAAAACCCAGUUUGGAGAGAUGCCCAAUACCUUUUCCCAACAUAUGAAAACGAUAGUAUUUUAAGAAAUUUCGAAGGUUUUGAUGAAGACGAAAAUCAAGAUUACUUACAAGCAGAACAAGAGUACCAAUCACAUUUAUUUGAUGAAAUGAUUCAAAAUAGAGAUGAUAUUUUAAAGAAAAUGCAAGAAUCAAAUAUAAACUUUUAA